CUGUCAGGACAGGGACUACUCAAGGAUCAUGAGAACAGCCAGGAUGCCACUUGAAUGGGUAAUACCAUGGCUCACCCUCUACCUUGGACUAUCAGCAGCCAGCACUGUCAUGAUUCAGACGGUUUCCAAAAUACCUGUAUUUAGAGAAGUGAGACCUGCUCACAAUGACCAGAUCUGCAGUACAUGGGGAAACUAUCACUUCAAGACUUUCGAUGGAGAUUUCUUCCAGCUUCACUCUACUUGCAACUACGUCCUUGCGUCCCAGUGUAAAGGAAGCUAUGAAAGUUUCAAUAUUCAGAUCCAACGGCAGGAGAUAAAUGGGAUCAGCACAAUUGAAAAGGUCACUCUGAAACUGGAUGGGGCCCUUGUGGAAUUAGUCAAGACUUCAAUCAAAGUCAAUGAAGAGCCCAUCGCUAUACCAUUCAGCCAGGCUGGCAUUUCGAUUGAAAGAGUCGUGUCCUACGUGAAAAUCGAGGCAAAAAUGGGUUUGGUCGUCAUGUGGAAUGAAGAAGACUCCCUCUGGAUUGAGCUGGAUACAAAAUUCAAGAAUCAGACCUGUGGCCUGUGUGGUGACUACAAUGGAGUCCAGGUUUAUGACGAGUUCAUCAAAGAAGGGGAGUCUGUAAGUCUUGAAGAUUAUGGGAAUCCUUGGAUAGCCAAUGGUCCUACUGAAGAGUGUGAAAGCAUCCCCUCUCCCGUCACAGAGACCUGUGAAAAUCAAAAAGAACUCUGUGAAAACCUGCUGAAAGGAACUGCAUUCCUCAGCUGUCAAACGCUGAUUGAUACUGACUCCUUUAUCGAAGCCUGUCUGAAGGACCUGUGCCACUGUAGUAGCACCUCAUGCUUGUGUUCAACCACAUCGGAGUAUUCUCGUCAGUGCGCUCAUGCAGGCGGGGUACCACAGCAAUGGAAGACAGCAAAACUGUGUGCAAAAACAUGCCCUUUCAACAUGCAGUAUAAAGAAUGUGGUAGUCCCUGUGCUGACACCUGCAGCAACCCCCAGAGAAGUCACGUGUGUGAGGAUCACUGCUUAGAUGGAUGCUUUUGUCCAACUGGGACUGUUUUUGAUGACAUUACACAAAGGGGGUGUGUUGCUGCUGACACAUGCUCCUGCUUACACAAUGGCAAGCCAUACAAACCAGGGGAAUCAUACUCAAUGACAUGUCAAACUUGCACCUGUACCCAGGCUCAGUGGCGCUGUGAGAAUAUAGACUGUCCUGGUAUCUGCUCCAUGCUGGGAGGCUGCCACAUCUCCACCUAUGAUGACAAAAUGUAUUCCUUCCAUGGACAGUGCUCUUAUAUUCUCUCCAAGGAUACCAACGGGAUUUUCAGCGUCCUUGCUAACCUGGCCAAAUGUAAAACGUCAGAUAAGUCGACUUGUCUGACUGCAGUCACCCUACUACUGCCUAAAUCCAUGAAGGUUGUAGUUGAAGCUAAUGGACAUGUUUCUUAUAACAAACUGAACACUCCGCUGCCUCUUAUCACGGAUGAUAUAACAGUCUUCAGCCCAUCGACAUUCUUCAUUGUAAUCCACACCAACUAUGGGCUUGUUCUCGAGAUUCAGCUUACCCCCAUUAUGCAGGUCUACAUCAAAGUCAGUGUUUCCAAUAAGGGAAAACUCAGGGGUCUUUGCGGAGAUUUUAAUGAUGUGGAAGCUGAUGACUUCAAGACCACAAAUGGACUGACUGAGGGAACGGCUGGGACAUUUGUCAACACAUGGAAGACCAGACCAUUGUGCUCUGAUGUGACAAAAAUAAUUGGGGACCCCUGCAUUUUGAACAUAAACAAGGAGAAAUAUGCCCAACACUGGUGCGGCCUGCUGUCAGACCCAAAAGCGAUAUUUGCAAAGUGCCAUUCUGUAAUAAAUCCAGAAGACUAUGAAGCUUCUUGUACUUAUGACACCUGUGCCUGUGAUAACAGUGAGGAGUGCAUGUGUGCUGCUAUAUCCUCUUAUGUCCAUGCAUGUGCUGCUGAAGGUGUCGUAUUGAAUGGAUGGAGGAACACUGUAUGCCAGAAAUACAUGACUGGCUGCCCUUCUACUUUUGUGUAUGGCUACCAAAUGACAAGCUGUGGUCGCACCUGCCGCUCUCUUAGUCAGUCAGACUCAACAUGUGAGGUUGAGUUUACCCAGCUUGAUGGCUGCGGCUGUGCUGAAGGAACUUACCUCAAUGACAAUGGACAGUGUGUGCCAGCCUCAAGCUGCUCCUGUUAUAUGGGAGACCAGCAGAUAAGCCCCGGGCAUAUCAUUAAAGUCAAUGGACAAACUUGCUCAUGCCACAGUGGAAAACUAGGAUGUACAGGAACCCAAAUAACUAAAUCAUGUACAGAGCCAAUGAUUUUCUUCAACUGCUCAAGCGCAAAGCCAAGUGACACGGGGUCCGAGUGCCAAAACAGCUGCCAGAUGCUGGACGCAGAAUGUGUCAGCACACAGUGUAUAUCAGGCUGCGUAUGCCCUGCUGACCUGCUGUCGGAUGGUAAAGGAGGUUGUAUUAAGAAGGAGAACUGUCCCUGCACAUAUAAUGGAGAUUCCUAUAAUUCUGGACAGACUGUCACUGUGAACUGCAAUACCUGCACCUGCAAAAGCAGAAAAUGGGAAUGCACAGAUCGUGAUUGUGAUGGAACCUGUAACAUAUAUGGAGAAGGGCAUUACAUCACUUUUGAUGAAAAGAAAUUCUCCUUUAAUGGGGACUGUGGCUACGUCUUCACUCAGGAUUACUGUGAGGGCGAUAUGAAGGGGACCUUUCGGGUCCUGACUGAGAGCAUCCCAUGUGGAACAACUGAAAGCAUCUGCUCCACUGCUAUCAAACUCUACCUAGGGAAUAAUGAAAUUGUUCUUUCAGAGGAAAAUGUGAGAGUUAUCAAACAAAGCAAAGGGCUGGACAUACCCUUUAAAGUCCACACUAUGGGCAUAUACAUUGUCAUUGAGGCAAAGAAUGGUCUUGUUCUCAUUUGGAAUAAGAAGACAACACUCACGAUCAAACUCAAGCCCACAUUCAAGGGAAAAGUAUGUGGUCUUUGUGGGAAUUACGAUGGAAAUAUCAAGAACGAUUUUACCACCAGAAACAAAGAAGUUGUUGUUGAAGCCCUUGACUUUGGAAACAGCUGGAAAGUGUCACCUACCUGCCCUAAUGCUAAAACACACAAAAAUCCCUGCAGUCUGUACUCACACAGGCAAGCAUGGGCAUUAAAACACUGCAGCAUUAUCAAUAGUAUAGCAUUUGCUGGUUGCCAUUCAAAGGUGGAUCCACAAAACUAUUAUGAUACUUGUGUGAAAGACACUUGUUCCUGCAACACAGGAGGAGACUGUGAAUGUUUCUGCUCGGCUGUAGCAGCCUACGCAGCAGCCUGUAAUGAGGCAGGAGCCUGCGUGAAAUGGAGGACUCCCACAAUCUGCCCUCUGUUCUGUGAUUUUUACAACCCUGAUGGCGAGUGUGAAUGGCACUAUGAGCCCUGUGGAAAACCAUGCAUGAAGACAUGCAGCAAUCCCUCAGGAGCAUGCUACAAUCACAUUCCAGCACUAGAAGGUUGCUAUCCAAAUUGCCCACCUGAACGAUCUUAUUUGGAAGAAGAUACAAUGCAGUGUGUGUCUCAGGAAAACUGUGGCUGCUAUGAUAACGAAGGGAAGCAUUAUAAAGAAGGGGCGCUCAUGCCUCCUCAGGAAAUCUGUCACAAGUGUUAUUGUUCUUCAACAAAGAUGGAGUGCAUCUAUGACAUCCAAACUUGCACUUGUUCAUACAAAGGAGAUCUGUACAAGUAUGGAGAGACAGUCUAUAACACACAUGAUGGAAAUGGAACCUGUAUCACGGCUGUUUGUGGAGCAAAAGGAAAUAUUACAAGAAUCAUAGAGACUUGCUCUACAACUACACCCAUCCAGAGAUCAACAACAGUCUUUAAUUUUGAAACAAGUGAGAGACCGACCACAACAACAAUCACACAAGAAUACGCAACAACCACAGAAAGGCCCACCAUUUCAACAACAACCGCAAAGGCAACGACAACGAUCACAGAACAUCCCAUUACUACUGCUGUUACAACAACUACAACGCCUGCCACAACAACCCCUGAAGUUGUAACAAAUACAGUGUUUACAACAGCACCAUCAACAGGACCCAUGGUCACGAUUACAGCUACAAAAGCCACAGAAAAAUCCAGCACCGAAGCUACUACAACCACAGAAAAAACAACAGUGACAGAAAUAUCAACCCCCACAACCACAGAAAAGGAACAAACUACAGCUGCCACAACAUCUGAAGAACCCAGCACCCCAGUAACAACCACAGAAAAGCCUACCAAAAAGACAACCCAAACUCUAACUGAAACACCCACAAUCACAGAAGAAUCCACAGCAACAACUACCAUUACAGAAAAACCCACCACUUUAAUUCUUCAGUCUUCAACAACAGGCGGAACAACUUUAUGUUCCUGCAAGUACAUGGAGCAAUUGUUUUCUCCUGGUAGCUUCAUGUACAAUAAGACUGAUGGAGAAGGCUGGUGUUUCACUGCAUAUUGCAAUUUGACAUGCAAUGUUGAGAAGCUUGCUAGACCAUGUCACCAUGCGACUCCACCAACUCCUACCACCACAACAAGCUCUGGCACUACAAAACAAAUUGGCUCUACAACUGCCAGUACAAUUGCUUCAUCCACAGUGAAGCGUCCCAAAGACUGUUCAUAUCUGGAGCCACCUCGAGAGGAUGGUGAGUCCUGGAGUUCAAACAACUGCACCACAGAAACAUGUGAUAAUGGAAGAGUAACAACAGAACAUGUGCCAUGUGAACCAGUCACCAUGCCUGUAUGUGAAAAUGUGCGGCCACCAGUCAGGGUUUAUGAUGAAGGGGGCUGCUGUUUCCACUAUGACUGCACAUGUGUUUGCACUGGCUGGGGAGAUCGUCAUCAUCUGACAUUUGAUGGCCAGCACUACAGCUUCCAGAAAAACUGCACAUACGUCCUUGUCAAAGAGAUCGUUCCUCGACACAAUUUUAAAAUUCUUAUCGACAACGAAAACUGUAAUCCCGAAGGAACUGGUGCCUGUGCUAAAUCCUUGAUCGUGUAUUACAAAAACUAUGAAGUUAUUCUUACACAGGAGAGAAACCCAAUCGUAAAUAAGGUAUUCAUCAACGGCAAGCAGGUAAUCCCAACCUACUCCAAUGAUGACUUCACCGUAACUAGUACAGCAAUUGAGCUGCUUUUGAGAAUUCCGGAAAUUGAAGCCAUUGUGAUGUUCAAAGCGCUUUUUUUCAGCAUUGACCUGCCGUUUUCCCUUUUCCACCACAACACAGAGGGACAGUGUGGUAACUGUGACAAUAACAGGACAAAUGACUGCAGAUUACCAAAUGGCCAGAUUAAUCCCGCAUGCUCUCAAAUGGGACAGUGGCAUAUAUCGGAUAAGAAUAAACCAUAUUGUGAGAACCCAUCUCCUCCACCAACACCAAAACCAACAGCUACAGGAAAACCCUGCCAACCUGAUAUCUGUGAAAUUCUGAUCAGCCAGGUGUUUGAGGAAUGCCACAAAGUAAUCCCACCAACACCAUUUUACGAGAGCUGUAAAUUUGAUGUUUGCUACAUGGAAAGUUCCACCAUUGGUUGUUCCAGUAUGGAGACAUAUGCCAUGAUGUGUGCUGAAGCAUCUGUCUGUAUAACCUGGAGGAAUGCUACAAAUGGACAGUGUGAACUUGAAUGUCCACACAAUAUGGUAUACAAGCCUUGCGGGCCAAUUGUUGUUCCAACUUGCAAUGCAAGAUCCAAUGAGAGGCAUGCACAACAAUGCCAGGAAAGAAAUGGCAAAAAAAACCAAGCUUGUGAUGACAUCAUAGAGGGAUGUUUCUGCCCAGAGGGGAUGACCCUGUUCAGCACAAUUUCUGACCUCUGUGUCACCUCCUGUUGUACUGGACCUGACGGCCAACCUAAACAGAAUGGUGAGACUUGGCAGAGCAACUGUAAUCAGUGUACUUGUGAUGAGGACACUCAGAGUGUUCAGUGUAAGCCUCUCACAUGUCCCACUGAGGAGCCAAUAACCUGUACCAAGGAAGGUGAGCUGUUGAAGAAGCGCAAAGUGGACUGCUGUGAUAGACAGACCUGUGAAUGUGAUAGGGACCUCUGUGCGUUGCAUAAACAGAAGUGCGAACUAGGAUUUGAGUUGGAGAUCCAAAUGUCAAAUGACACUUGCUGCCAGUCUUACAGCUGUGUACCCAAAGGCGUCUGUGUCUUCAAUGAUACUGAGUACAAGCCAGGUAUGGAUUUCUUCAAAGACCCAUGUGAAUCAUGCAGCUGUACUAACAAUCAGGAUCCCGGAAGCAAGUUGAACCACCUUAUGUGUUUUGUGAUAGACUGUGGCCCACUGUGUCCAGAGGGCUAUGUGUAUGAAAACCAACCUGGACAAUGUUGUGGAUCAUGUAAAAAAAACAGCUGUGUUGUGGAGGUCCCAGGCUUCACUUCUCCGAUAAUCAUUAAACCUUCUCAGUCUUGGUCACCGCCAAAUGAUAAGUGUAUCAAGUAUGAUUGCCAAAAGGUGAAGGAUGACUUCAUAACCUUUAAAAGUCUAACAACAUGUCCUGCAUUUGAUCCAGCAAACUGCAUUCCUGGAACUGAACAAAGUGAUAACAUCGGUUGUUGCAAAACUUGUACUCCAAAAAGCAACUGUCAAAUGAGCAAGAACACCACCUAUCUGCAGACAAAGGACUGCAAGUCAGUUGUGCCAGUGGAAAUUACAGCCUGUGCAGGACCUUGUGGAGCGUCCUCAUCAAUGUACUCUGCGGAAAAAGAGCUUUUGAUGCAUUCAUGCUCAUGCUGUCAAGAAAUGGCCACCAGUAAGAAGGAGGUGGAGAUGACCUGUAAUGAUGGCAGAAAGAUAAAGCACUACUACAUUUCAGUUGACAAGUGUGGUUGCCAAGUCGCUAAAUGUCAGGACAUCUCAGACUAAUGUAAAAAAUUAGCAAGACAACAUUGAAAACUAAGCUUAGUUGAAGGAGAAAAUUAACUAAUAUACUUACAUAAACAUUAACAAAUCCUCUCCAAAAACUAUUAGCUAGUCGAGACUCAAUAUGUGAAGACCCACACCUCUGUGUAUUCAGCAGCCCCAAAUAAGGGUAGAUAAGUUUAACCUUUUAAACAGCAGAGCUGUUGUGGUCGGAAUUUUUGUAACCCCCUGGAAGUUGUCCCUUUAUACUCAUCAUCUUCUCAUUUAUUGUCAGGGAGGCAGGUCCACAUAGUGCCCUGUCAUGUCAGCACAUAUUUGUGUCCUGGUGUCUCUUUUAGCUUUUGAAGAGGAUUUUCCUUUUAUGGAAACUUAACAAUGUGGUGUUUUCAAUCUUAGAGGGUGUUUCUCUUUCUUUUACUGUAAAUGACUUGAGAGUCAAAAAUACACAAGAAUGGCUUCAGAUAUUAUAGAACACUGUAGUAAUAUUUUCUUUUGGGGAAAGGGAUUAUAUUUGUGGUAAAAUGUGAAAGAUUUGAAACAUGGAUUUGAAUUUUAAAUGAUUGUUGGUCAUUAUUUUAAACAGCUCCAUCUAUGUUGAUGAAUUAACUCACAACCCAUUGAAUAUAUAAAUAAAAGAAGGUACGAAUACUCAGGCUAUCUUUGCCCUGCAUCUUAUGUGUCAAACUUCUGCAAAUAUGAAUGUCUUUAUUGUCAUUAAAAUCUAAUGUUUAC